AUGGCUGCAUCACCUAUAAGACCGAUAAUUGGUCAGCAGCAACAUUCGUCGCAACAACAGCUUAUCAUUGCUACUGAUAUCAGCAAUCGUCACCAGUGUCGUAACCAUCAUCAUCAUCAUCAUCGUCAUCCAACCGCUAAUUCGAACAACGAACAAACACCGAGAAUUGCCGUCGCAUCAUCAACUACUAUCAAUUUACAAGAAUCUGUCUGCAACAGACGACAACAUUCAUUGAUGGAUCAGGUGCGACACUCACAACAAUCACAAUCACAACAAACACAAUCUCAACAAGAUCCUCAGGAACAAAUGGCAUCAAACUUGUUAGUUUUGGGUAACGGUUCAACAGCUACCGGUACUGCUCCAAUUAGUGCAUCCGCAUUGGAUAUCUCAGCAUGUACACAACAACAACCAAAUUCAGUGCUACGUGUUAUCAUAGAAAAUAUGCUAUAUCCGGUAACUCUCGAUGUACUGCAUCAAAUCUUCUCCCGAUAUGGCAAAGUUCUACGGAUCAUUACAUUUAAUAAAAAUAAUACAUUUCAAGCAUUGGUACAACUUAGUGAAGCAAAUAGCGCUCAAUUAGCGCGACAAUCAUUAGAUGGUCAAAAUGUUUACAAUGGAUGUUGUUGUCUUCGUAUUGAUUACAGCAAACUUGCUACACUUAAUGUUAAAUACAAUAAUGAUAAAAGUCGUGAUUAUACUAAUCCAAAUUUACCGUCCGGUGAAUUAACUCUUGAACAACAACUUAAUCUUGUAUCAGCGGCAACAGGUGGACAAAUAGGUCCAACAAUUGCAUCACUUGUGCAAUCACCGUUUGCAUUUCCAUUUGGUGCAACAAAUCCACAAUAUGCUUUUCAACAACAAGCUACCGCAUUUCCACAAACUGAUGCAUUGGCAUCAUCAGCAGGAAUUUCACCAUUUCUUACUGGUUUAACAACAACUCUUGCAUCCGGUGCAACAAGUCCGGUAACAGCUAAUGCAGCAAUGAUUAAUGCUACCGCUGCAACACUUCGUUUUCCACAUGUUAAUGUUCUCAAUGUAUCAUCCGUUGUGCUUGUCUCCAACUUGAAUGAAAAUAAAGUCACGCCAGAUGCUCUCUUCACUCUUUUCGGUGUAUACGGUGAUGUACAUCGAGUGAAAAUUCUUUUUAAUAAAAAAGACAAUGCUUUAAUACAGUAUGCUGAACCACAACAAGCACAGCUUGCUAUUCAGCAUCUUGAUAAAGUUCGCUGGCAUGAUAAGCAAAUUCGUGUUGCAAUAUCAAAGCAUAGCAAUGUUCAGAUGCCAAAAGAAGGGCAACCGGAUGCUGGAUUAACACGUGAUUACUCGCAAUCAUCACUGCAUCGCUUCAAAAAACCUGGUAGCAAGAAUUAUUUGAAUAUUUAUCCACCAAGUUCAACACUUCAUCUUUCCAAUAUUCCACCAAAUAUUACGGAAGAAUUUCUUACAAAUGCUUUCGAACAACGUGGUUUCAUCCCCAAAGGCUUUAAAUUUUUCCCAAAAGAUCAUAAAAUGGCUUUGCUACAAUUGAAUGAUAUGGAAACAGCGAUUAAUGCACUAAUCGAAAUGCAUAAUUUUAAAUUAGCUGAAAAUGCGCAUCUUCGGGUAUCAUUCUCAAAAAGUGGUAUAUGA